AUGAUAGCCUUGGCCCGACUCGCCCUCGCCCUCGCCCUCGCCCUCGCCCUCACCAUCAUUGCCCCCGCAGCCGCUGCCGACGACAGUCGCCUGACGAAUAGCGAGUCGCUGCAAUGGGGUCCCUACCGGCCAAACCUCUAUCUGGGUCUCCGCCCCCGCGUGCCCAAGAGCGUCGUCGCGGGGUUAAUGUGGGGGAGACUGGAGGACGUAGCAACAACACUCCGCCAUAAUGUAAACCAAAGCGACGCCAUGGCGCGGUACGGAUGGACAGCGUACGAUACGCGCGAGGGUGGCCGCCAAAUUAUCGAAGAUGUCGGCAACAAGAUUACCCUCACGACCGAGUUCAUAAAGUACUCUGAAGGCAAGAGCCGCGGCAAUUGGGGCCUGAGGAUCAAAGGCGUGCCCACGCCUGAUGCGCCCCCAGAGCUCAAGACGACCGUCGUCUUCUACCUGGGCAUGGAGGAAAAGGAAGCCUGCACCCAUUGCCGGCUGGAUGCUCGCCAGCAAUUCGGACACGGCGAAGAUGAAUCCGUCCAUGCCAUCAACGUGAACCUGGUCCACCCGAAACUAGGCAGCUCUGGCAUACACAUCCCCGUCCCGCUCAAUGGCGACGGCGUCCGCGAAAUCGCCUACGUCAAGUCGCUGAACGUGACCGAGGACCGGCUGUGGCAGGCCAAAUCCACUUUCUUAGAUUCACUGAAAGACCAGACCAAAAACCGAAGGGAACCUGGCCCAUCGGACAUUGUGCUUCGAAACGAGCCCGGUGCAGGCAACAUGCUGUUUGUGCAAAUGGUGUGCCACGGAGAGUUCGAGUUUGACAUUCUGUAUUCCACUGAAACAGCAAAGCGUACAAUGACUUCUGCUCGCCUCAGUGCGGACCUGGAGAAAGCCAUUCAAGGCUUUGGCAAAAAGUUCCUUUCUGUCUUCAAUCCCACGCCUCCCUUCAAGACAUUCCCGCAUCUCGACUUCGCCAAGAAUGUGCUGUCGGAUCUGCUGGGCGGCCUGGGCUACUUCAGCGGCACCUCCAAAGUCGUGACGUCCAAGAAAGCCAUCUACGCGGAGACGACGAGCAACUUUUGGGAAAAGUCGGCUGAUGCAAAUAAGCACACGACGCCCGUGACAAAGGGGCCCUACGAACUCCUCACGCACACGCCCUCGCGCUCCGCAUUCCCCCGCGGCUUCCUGUGGGACGAAGGAUUCCACCUUCUCGUCGUCGUGGAAUGGGACGCCGAUCUCGCCAUGGAAGUCAUCCGCGACUGGCUCUUCCUCAUGGACGACGACGGCUGGAUCGCACGAGAGCAGAUUCUCGGCCCAGAAGCCGAAGCCUCGACACCACCGGAAUUCAUCCACCAGUUCCCGCACAUUGCCAAUCCCCCGACGCUGUACCUGGUCAUGUCCAAGUUCGUGCAGAUGCUCAAGGGCACAGUCAAGUACCACGGCCACGCCUCGCUGUACCUGUCCAAGCCUGAAACGGGGAAGGCGCUUGUAGCCAAGAUGCAGCCGCUGCUGAAGCGCCACUACGAGUGGUUCCGCAAGUCGCAAGCCGGCGACGUCGAGGCGCACUCGCUCCCUGCUGCAAACCUCAACGAGGGCUACCGCUGGCGCGGCCGCACCCCCGAAUACAAUCUCGCCAGCGGCCUUGACGACUACCCGCGCGCCGAGCCGCCAGAUGUCACCGAACUGCAUCUCGAUGCCCUGUGCUGGGUGGGCGUCAUGGCGCGUACGCUCGAGCAAAUCGCCGUCUUCACACAAGAUACCCACGACGCAUUCACAUACCAGAACCACAUGCGCGGCAUCCAGCACAACCUCGAAGCCGUGCACUGGUCCGACACAGCACACAUGUACUGCGACGCGGUUGUCCGCAACAGCCAGCACACGCACGCCUGCCACAAAGGCUACAUCUCUUUAUUCCCGCUGCUCACCGACUUGAUGGACGACGACGCAUCGCACGCGCGGCUCCCCACACUCCUGGACCUAGUCCAGAACCCGCGACACCUAUGGACGCCGCACGGCAUCCGCAGUCUGAGUCUCGAAGACCCCAAGUACGCUGCCGACGACGACUACUGGCGCUCCGCCAUCUGGGUCAACAUCAACUACCUGCUUCUGGAGCGCCUGCUGCGGCUCGCGCACACGCCGGGGCCCGAGCAAGCGCGCGCCCGCACGCUGUACAUUUCGCUGCGCCGAAACAUGGUCGGCACCGUGUACAAGGCGUACCGCGCCACGGGCUUCACGUGGGAGCAAUACGACGCCAAGACGGGGGCGGGCCGCCGCUCGCAGCCCUUUACGGGCUGGACGGCGCUCGUCGUCAAGAUCAUGGCAAUGCCCGAUUUGGAAUCCGGCCAGGGCCUCCGCGACCACGUCAAGGGAUACUAUGAAGAAGCUAGGAAACAGGCCGUGCGCCAUCCCAGUCUGGAUCUUGCCGCUUUGCUUGCUGCCCUGGGUCUUGUCGCCUUUGUCUAUGUUACGAGGAGGAGGUUUGCGGGUACCCUGAGGACGUGGCGGAGGGCUAAAUAGCUAAAUAUGCUGUGUAAGUAGAAAGA